AUGUCAAACAGCCAACAACAGCUGACUCGUCCACAAUGGUCGAAGAAGAUUGAAUUUAUUCUGGCUUGUGUUGGUUACGCUGUUGGACUUGGGAACGUAUGGCGAUUUCCCUAUUUAUGUUAUUCAAGUGGAGGAGGAGCAUUUUUAAUUCCAUUUUUCAUCACAUUGUUGUUUUGUGCAUUUCCUCUGAUGUAUAUGGAAUUAGCUGUUGGUGCUGGUGUGGCUACCGUAGUAAUGACCUUUUGGCUUGUAACCUACUAUGUUGUCAUACUGGCUUGGGCACUCUACUAUCUUAUUUAUUCAUUUCAAAAAGAUGUGCCAUGGAAAGGAUGUAAAAAUCCUUGGAAUAAAAACACGUGUUACGAUUCCUACGACUCACAAUUGUCAAACAACACACUUAAAAUGAAUGGAACAUUAUCACCGGGAGAUGAAUAUUACCGAUACAAAGUUCUUCAAAUGUCAUCAACAAUCAACGAUAUUGGCUCAAUGAGAUACGAAUUAGUCGCGUAUGCGGCCAUACUGUGGAUUAUCGUCUACUUUUGCAUUUGGAAAGGAGUCAAAUCCGCCGGAAAAGUUGUCUACGUAACUGCCACAUUUCCCUACAUUGUUCUAUUAAUUCUCGUUAUUCGCGGUUGCACAUUGCCUGGAGCUAAGCAAGGACUCAUUUACUUUUUCAAACCAAAAUGGGGUGAUUUAUUAAAAGCCAAAGUGUGGUUGAAGGCAGCACAACAAAAUUUUAACUCAGUCGGAAUUGCAUUUGGAUCACUCAUUGCUAUGUCAAGCUAUAACAAUUUUAACAAUAACAUAAUAAGAGAUGUGUUACCCGUGGUGAUUCUGGAUGCAUUCACGAGCAUAAUUGCUGGCACAGCUAUCUUUUCUGUUCUUGGUUACAUUGCACAUACACAAAAGACAGACAUUGACAAUGUCGUCCUACAAGUGUUACUCUAUAAAAUUCAAAACAGAAAAGGGUAUAUCGAAGUGCUUCUAGGUCCUGGUCUGGUGUUUUCUGUUUAUCCUGAAGCGAUAGCUACAAUGAAAGUGGCUCCAUUAUGGGCAAUAUUAUUUUUUCUUAUGCUACUAUUUCUUGGCAUUGACUCUCAAUUUACAAUGGUCGAAGUAGUUGUGACAACGAUUGAAGAUGAAUUCCACGUUCAUUUUCGGAAAUAUUUUAAACGAAAAGAAUAUCUUGUCAUAGCUGUUUGUUUAAUCACAUUUCUGCUAGGACUCGUUUAUUUCACGCAGGCCGGUAUUUACUUUUUUACAUUGGUUGAUCAUUUUGCUGCUGGUGUGUCAUUAAUGUAUAUUGCGUUCUUUGAAGUUAUUGCCAUCGUUUGGUUCUAUGGUGCAAAACGUUUGGCUAAUAAUGUAGAAGAAAUGACUGGCAAACAACCACACAUUUUUUUUGUCAUUUGCUGGUACGCAGUAGCCCCAGCACUUAUAUUAGCCAUAUGGAUAUUUAGUUUUACCGAUUUGAAACGCAUCCGUUUUGGCAAAGAUUAUGUUUUUCCUGUAUGGGCUGAAACUGUGGGUUGGUGCAUUGCUCUAUUAUCAAUCAUAGCUAUACCAUUAGGAGCAAUGCAUGCCAUAUACAAAGCAGAUGGCAAUACACUCUGGCAGGUGAAUAUUGCAGACGGGAAAAAAAAGAUGAAUGAUAUCUUAGUCAAUAUCGAUAAUUUAUUUCAUACGUCCUAUGAGCUAAUUCGAUCAUGUGUUAAGCAAAGUGAAGCUGCCGAAAAACGUCGUCUAAGACCGUAG